GUCUUAGUCUGUGGUCACUGCUGAGGUUUACGGAACUUUCCAAGCAAGGGCCAGCCAGGUCCUUUGCCUCCACCUCAAGCCGCGCCUGCCGCUCGCCUGCGACAUCCCUACGCCCGGGAGGUCCCACUCUCCCCUCCCGGCACCGAAACCCCAACUUUUUGUACGCGAUCUCCUUCGCCUAACUGGGUGUCCUGCUACUGUGCCAAAGAGCGCGCGCUUCUUCCCGGGGGCAGCAGUUUCCCAACCUCGCGGCUAAGCCCUUUUCCUCCCCGGAUCAAGCGUGGUGCUGGGUGAGCCCGGACUCGGGGUGCGUUUAAGCGCUCCCAGCGCUCAGCAUUCGCCCUUGCCUCAGAUCUAACCCUUGAGGAGUGAUUAAGCCCUCGAGGCCCAAGUUUCUUACUCCGAAACCCAAAUCCGCCCAGGCGUUUUCUCUCUAAACUCUUGUUCCUGGCGCGGAUUCACCCGGCGAGCUGCCCCGCUGAGCUUAAGAGAGUGCAGGGAGACGUCGCCCCGUCGGGUGCUCAGCGCAGCAUGGCUGGCUGCUGCUGUCUGUCUGCAGAGGAGAAGGAAUCGCAGCGCAUUAGCGCUGAGAUCGAGAGGCAGCUUCGCCGGGACAAGAAGGACGCGCGCCGCGAACUCAAGCUGCUGCUACUGGGAACUGGUGAAAGUGGGAAGAGUACCUUUAUCAAGCAAAUGAGAAUCAUCCAUGGGUCUGGAUACAGCGAUGAAGAUAGAAAGGGGUUCACGAAGCUGGUUUACCAAAACAUAUUCACUGCCAUGCAAGCCAUGAUCAGGGCCAUGGACACCCUGCGGAUACAGUACGUGUGUGAGCAGAACAAGGAAAAUGCCCAGAUAAUCAAAGAAGUGGAAGUUGACAAGGUCUCAGUGCUCUGCAGGGACCAGGUGGAAGCCAUCAAGCAGCUCUGGCAGGAUCCAGGAAUCCAGGAGUGUUAUGACAGGAGGCGGGAGUACCAGCUGUCAGACUCUGCCAAAUAUUACCUGACUGACAUUGACCGAAUCGCCAUGCCAUCGUUUGUGCCAACACAGCAAGAUGUGCUUCGUGUCCGAGUGCCCACCACAGGCAUCAUUGAGUAUCCAUUCGACUUGGAAAACAUCAUUUUUCGGAUGGUGGAUGUUGGUGGCCAGCGAUCUGAACGACGGAAAUGGAUUCAUUGCUUCGAGAGUGUCACCUCCAUCAUUUUCUUGGUUGCUCUGAGUGAAUAUGACCAGGUCCUGGCUGAGUGUGACAAUGAGAAUCGCAUGGAAGAGAGCAAAGCCUUGUUUAAAACCAUCAUCACCUACCCCUGGUUUUUGAAUUCAUCUGUGAUUUUGUUUUUAAACAAGAAGGAUCUUUUGGAAGAGAAAAUCAUGUACUCUCAUCUAAUUAGCUAUUUCCCAGAAUACACAGGACCAAAGCAGGAUGUCAAGGCUGCCAGAGACUUUAUUCUGAAGCUUUAUCAAGACCAGAAUCCUGACAAAGAAAAAGUCAUCUAUUCCCACUUCACAUGUGCUACAGAUACAGAGAAUAUCCGUUUUGUGUUUGCUGCUGUCAAAGACACAAUUCUGCAACUAAAUCUAAGGGAAUUCAACUUAGUUUAAAAGCUACUACCCAUUUCUUCCUCACAACAAAAGACAGGAUUUGCAGGCUCCUUCGGUUUAAUUUGCAAAUGCUUCUGACAUCCCCUGGACCAAGACCCUGUGCCAGGCACCAAGAACAUUCUGUAGACAACAGGGACAGAGAUGGGUAAUAGAAUUUGGAAGGUGUUUGAGUUUAUCAAACCUCUCAAAAGAGUCCUUAUUCCCAGAUUGUUUUUGUAGUUCUUUUCUUGCCUCUUACAUUUUGUGUAAUUUUUGAAUUUGGUAUUUUAAAGAAUUUUAAAUGGCCACUGUGAUUUACUGUUUUCUUUCAAAAAUUAAGUUUCAAGAUGUUUAAUGAUAGACAUUAAAAAUCACAUACAAGGGCUGGGGUAGUGGCUCAGUGGUAGAGUGCUCACCUAAUGAAUGAGAGGCCCUGGGUUCGAUCCUCAGCACCACAUAUAAAUAAAUAAAAUAAAGGUAUUAAAAAAUAUCACAUACAGAGGGGCCUGUUAAUAGAUUGUCUUCAGACCUCUAGGAUUAAUUUGGGUGACCUUUUAAAAAAAACAAGUGUUAAUGGGUUUGAUGCUUUUUAUUAAAUCUUGUAAUUUAGAGAAAUUUCUAAUUUUGAGUGUUUUUCUCUCCUUAUGCUGGAAUUAUGACUCCUUUAACAACAUGUCACCAAAGAUUUUCUCUUUUUAAAAAAGAUGAUUCUUUUUGUGUCAACUUUCUAAGUCGGAUUAAUGAAUACAUCAGUACAUCUAAUUUAGUUUAGUCAUAACUUGGUCACCAUGACACUAAAGUUGACAUUUGAAAAAUGGAUUCCAGACAGUAUAUAUGCUGUAUUGGUGAAAAAUGUAUAUAUACAUAUGUAUGUAUAUAUAUAAGAUUGAGAUUAUAUAUAUAUAUAUAUAUAUAAUCUAAUGCAUAUGGCCAGGUCUUAUAUAAACUUAUGAAAUGGCUAAAAGUGCAAUUGUUUAACAAAUAUUAUGUAACCUCUGCCAAAGUUCUGAUGGUCAUUACAGAUUUGCUGCUUGAACUAUGUAUGUUGUGCCUUUGUGAGAAGGCUGAGAAUAUAAUAUUCUACCGCUAGUA